CUGAGUGUACUGUACAUCUUCACUUCUACUGCUCACAACACACAGCGUUACACGAGAUGUGGGAACCGGCUUAAAAACAUGCCUUACUGACAAAAGAAACCUCUCUCAUGGUCAGCAUUUUGAAAGGCUCUCGUGGAUUAGUCUUAAUUUGAGCUGGGUUUUUAUCAUGGGCUGUGUUGGCACCAAGCCAGAACAGGAUUCCGGUGGCAAAACGGUGGGCAACAACGACAUGGGAAACCGCAAUCAGACAGCGCACUAUGUUAAAGACCCUACAGCAGGGAGCAAGGCACCGAACAAAAGCUGCCCCAUUCCUCCUACCCCAAGCACGGACGAUUUUGAAAACAUUGCCAUAGCCCUCUUUGACUACGAAGCAUUGCAUGAUGGAGACCUGGGCUUUAAAAAGGGAGACAAGUUAAAAAUCUUACAAGAGUCAGGUGAAUGGUGGAAAGCAUUGUCUGUGAGCAGUGGUGAGGAAGGCUACAUCCCCAGUAACUAUGUAGCUAAAGACACACUUCAAACUGAAGAUUGGUUCUUCAAAGGAGUGAGCAGGAAAGAUGCUGAGAGACAGCUUCUGGCUUCUGGGAAUAAAAUGGGCUCUUACAUGAUCAGAGAUAGUGAGACCACCAAAGGAAGCUAUUCAUUAUCAGUAAGGGACCAUGACCCUCAAGCAGGUGACACAGUGAAGCAUUAUAAGAUCCGCACGCUAGACAGCGGCGGGUUCUACAUUUCACCUCGAAUCACGUUCACCACCCUGCAGGAACUCGUCAACCAUUACAAGAAGCAGGGAGAUGGACUGUGUCAGGCACUUACUACCGCCUGCAUUAGUGCCAAACCCCAGAAACCAUGGGAAAAGGAUGCCUGGGAAAUCCCACGAGAAUCCCUAAAGCUAGACAAACGGCUUGGAGCUGGACAAUUUGGAGAAGUUUGGAUGGCCACAUACAAUAAGCACACCAAGGUAGCUGUGAAGACUAUGAAGCCAGGUAGUAUGUCUGUGGAGGCGUUCCUGAUGGAAGCAAACCUUAUGAAAAGCCUUCAACAUGACAAGCUGGUUCGCCUCAAUGCUGUAGUUACCAAGGAAGAGCCCAUUUACAUUAUCACAGAGUACAUGGAGAAAGGCAGUUUAUUGGACUUCCUCAAGAGUGAUGAAGGAAAUCGUCUUCAGUUGCCCAAACUAAUAGACUUCUCUGCACAGACAGCAGAAGGCAUGGCCUACAUUGAACGACGGAACUACAUUCACAGAGACUUGCGGGCUGCCAAUAUCCUGGUUAAUAAGAGUCUGGUGUGCAAAAUUGCUGAUUUUGGUCUGGCACGUAUCAUAGAAGACAAUGAAUAUACUGCGAGAGAAGGUGCCAAAUUCCCCAUUAAGUGGACUGCGCCAGAGGCUAUAAACUACGGCUCCUUCACCAUCAAAUCAGAUGUGUGGUCCUUCGGUAUUCUGCUCACUGAGAUUAUCAGUUACGGCCGAACACCAUACCCAGGCAUGACAAAUCCAGAGGUGAUUCGCUCCCUGGAGAGAGGAUAUCGCAUGCAGCGCUUGGACUCAUGCCCUCAGGAGCUGUAUGACAUUAUGCUGGAGUGCUGGAAGAACAAGCCAGAGGACAGACCAACAUUUGAGUACCUUCAGAGUGUGCUGGAGGACUUCUACACGGCCACAGAGAGCCAGUACCAACAACAGCCCUGAGAUACACAUGCACACGAGCACCUUAGGCUAGGCACAUACAGCAAGUGCACCUGCAUUCAUAUUUAAUGCAAAUGCACAGCAUGAGUGAAUGACAAUGAAUUAACAUAGUAUGCAAUCUUAAUUUAAUCAUGCAAGGCCUUUAACCUUUUGGUGAGUGUAGCAUAUGAUUGCACAAAAUUGUACAAAUCUAUAAUUUAUGUAUGGGAUUACUGAGGAUUAAUAUCGUUUUUGAUUUUUUUUUGUUGUUGUUGUUUUGUUUUAGCUGUUUUACUGUUUCUAAUUUCUUUUUACCUAGGUGAAUUUAAGAAAGUUUCUUUCCAUGCUUUCACAUGUUUAGUCAAACUAUUUCUAAUCUCACCCCUAACCACAGUCUUAAUCUUGAUGGCUUUUCAUAAAAAUUGCACAGUUUGAAUUAUGAAUUUGCAGUUUGGAUUGUUGGAAAAAAAUUACAAAAAAAAAAAAUUCAAAACUGCAACCUAUAUUAGGUUAAAACCACCUGAAGUAAACUCAGGUCACUCUUCAGCCUAAUAUUAAUGUUAAAUUAAUACUUUUAUGUAAACUAAAUUUUAUAAUGAUCUUGUUUGCCAUUCCUAGCCAUUACGUACAUUCAGUAACUGUUAUGUUUUAAUGUGCACCUGUAUUAAUCUACUUCAGAUAAUACAGUCGGAACUCAUUUACCAAAGCUAUUUCAUUUACGUUUUCAUUUACGUUUUUUUUUAUGAAAUUACUUUCCCAAAGAUCUGUGCAAUAACACCAAAUAACUUUUUAAUCUUUUUAAAACUCAUUUUAAAUAUACAGUAUAUGUUGCCUAAAUGUCUGUUGUAUUGUGUAUUUGUAAUAGUUUUUGGUUAAUUAUGCAUGUCAUUCAUAAUCUGAAGAUAUUAAACUAAAGUGCUUCACAGAGAAGCUGAAUCAAAAUAAUAUACAUAAUUUAAAAAUAAUUAUUGAAGACAGUCAACAUGGUAUUACUGUAGAUAUUAUUUGUGUGUUUAUACUUUUUUUUACAUGCUUAUUAAAUUAAUAGAUGUUGAAUCUUGGGCAGGUUGGACUUUAUGUUUUUCCUUUGAUGGCCAAGAUUAUAUUUGUGAACUGUUUUAACAAGUACCCUUUUUCUGUUUAGUAUAAUAGAAAAUUGUUUAAAAUGUGUUCAACAUUUCUGGUACAGUACGGUGCAGAGGUUGUUAUUAUUAAGUGAAUUAUCCACAAUUACUUUACUCAUGUAUCAUCUUAUGUCUGUAUACCAAAUUACAUAGAUAAUGGUGAAAAAUUUUGCACUUACAUGUAUUGUCUAUACAGUUCAUCCUUUAA